AUGAGUAAACACAUCAAUCUCAUUACGGCGAGACAUAGACUCAGCAUGUCGAUCAAAUCCGCCAAAGCUUCAGUCUCACCGGGGACCUUGUCACGAGUAUUCUGGCAUCUCCUUCGAAUAUGUCUUUCAUUUUCGCUAUUGUUUGUUGAUAACACCAUUCUCGUCGUCGCGGUAUUUUUAUCCUAUCUCCGAACAACCAAUCGACAAGCGACACAAAGGAAUGUGCCGUUUUAUCCGAAAACAGUCCUCAUCACGGGCAUAGGUACGGUGCACGGCUUGACCCUAGCAAGGUCAUGGGCUGUACAAGGCCACCAUGUGGUUGGGGCCGAUGUUACAGACCUAGACCUACCCGUGCGCUCCGGCGGGAGUAUGUCCAGGGCCCUAGUGUCAUUUUACCGGAUUCCCAAGGCCCAUUACAUCUCCCGGUUACUCGACAUCAUCCACCGCGAAAAGGUUGACUUGUGGAUUCCAUGCUCACCCAAGGCAUCCUCCAUUGAAGAUGCGACAGCCCGACAGGUCGUUGAGAGUCGCACUAACUGCAAGUGCAUCACACUCGAUACCGACUUGGCCGCUUGCUUCGCCCACCCUGAUUCUUUCAAGCAGUAUGUGACCGAGAGAGGUCUUCCUAUGCUUGAGUAUCAUAGGGUCCAAUCCCGCGACUCUGUGCACAAGAUCUUAAACCGGUCGCCCGCCAAAACCUACCAGAUCUCCCGAGCGACCCCAUCUGCAAAUGAGAAGGCUAUGCUCUUGCCGAGGCGUACGCCGAGCAAGACUUACACGAAGAUCAGCGAAAUCAAUAUCUCCGAGGACCGGCCUUGGAUUCUACAGCAACAAUCUCGUCUUGGAGAGCUAUUCGCAGAUCUACUCGUUGUGCGUGGCCACGUUCAAGCCAUCAAGGUUCGGCUUUCGGAUUCUGGCUCCUCUACGUGGGGUGCCUCGCGUCUAGAUGAGGCUCUGGCCGCUUCGGUUCAUAGGCUGAUGCAGACAUUGGCAGCCAAAGGCGGUAUUCGCUUGACAGGUCAUCUCUCUGUCAGACUCUCAGUCGAUGAAGAGUUCGACGCGCAUUCUGUCCGACACACUAUCUACAUCGCCGGUUGUACACCUGGCGCUAGAGCUGUCGAUAACCUACUGUAUAAUAUACCUUGCCCGAUUGCAGGUUAUCUAUCUGUGUUCCAUUCCAGUUCAAUCGAUACAGCCAACAUCGCAGCGACACUAUCAUCAACCCGUUCAGCGCCAACAUUUGCCCGAGCUGCAAUUCUUCCCGCUGCUUUCCUACAGUUUUCGUUGUUUCACUUUACACUCACAGCUCUUGAAGUUGUAGAGGCAGAACUAGUGAGGCUGCUGUUCUGGAAAGAUCCCCUGUUCUCUUUUCUUGAUCCGGUUCCCUGGUGGUGGCAAGUACAUGUCUAUCAACCAUUGCGAGAGAUCUGGGUGUUGAUGAAACAGACACGAGAAGCGGGAUUGACUUCCCUUUGA